UCACGCACACACACAGGUCAAAAGUUGAUUUGUUUCUGAGAUCCCCCAGAAUCUUUCUUCUCCCCGUUGCAGGGGCUCCGGACUCCUCCGCAGGGCGGUAGUGAGGUUGGGGGCGUGGGAGGGGCGCGGGGCGCCGUGGCGGCGGAGGCGGGAGCCGGGUGCCGGUGCGAGCCGCGCCCGCUCCUGUCGGGUGCGAGUCCGGGCCGGGUUUUGCGCCGUGUCCGCGGGCUUGUCUCACGGCCUCCAGCCGCCGCCGCUGCCGUGUUUACUGAGCUCGCGCGUCCUGAUAUCACUCCGCUGGCAUGGAGGAGGAGGAGGAGGUGGAGGAGCGAGAGGAGGAGGAGGAGGAGGCGGCGGCGGCGGCGGCGGCGGCGGCGAGCAGUUGAUCAUUGUGAUGGUGGCAGGAGCAGCGGCGGCAGCGGCAGCCCAGCCGAGCGUUAGGGGCUGCUCUCCGCGCGGCGUUUUGCAAAGGACUUCACCGAUCUACUUUUGCAGUCGCCUCGGACUGGCCAUGUGUUUACUUCCCCCAGCCCGAGGAUUCGAUAUCUAGGCUCCUGUGAAAUGCAACUGAGCAGCCAAAGUACUUUGAGAACACGGGGCGGCAUAAACACCAAAACUUUUUUGUGGAAGGAAAAUGCAAUAAGCAAGCUUGCCGUUUACCGAUGCGGUGUGGAGUGAGUGUGUGUCGCGCGUGUCCGCACUGGAGGCAUAUGCUUGUGUGUGUACAUGGGGUGUGUUUUUCGGUACGUAGGGAGAAAAUGCUUGCCAACCACCGGAAAUCUCCUGGAAUUUAUUAGAAAAUAAUGGAUUAUAAAAAGAAGGCAGGCGAGGAGCGGAUCUCCCCUUGAGUUGCAACCCGAUUUGCUGCUGGCUCAGUUUGUUGUGAUUCUUUUUGUUGAUAGGUGUCUGAUGGUAUUCCGAUAACGUCCCCCUCUUUUUUUCCCCUCGAGCUUUUACAGUUUAAAAAAAGGAAACAACCACCCCAAAAUCUUCCCCCCCCCUUUUUUUUCGCCCCGUCGGGAUCGCCGUUUCCAUCCAUGUGCUUGCGUCUCCCCCGCGUUCCACUUAAACUAUUUUAAUCCUUGGACCCAAGGAGGAGGCUGAUAGGGGGGUGGAUAAAAAAAGUUCUUCCAAAAUAGUGUGCCCGGGGAGCAGGAUGGGGGAUUUCGCAGCCCCCGCUGCUGCCGCGAAUGGCAGUAGUAUUUGCAUCAACAGUAGCCUGAACAGCAGCCUCGGCGGGGCCGGGAUCGGUGUGAAUAAUACUCCCAAUAGUACUCCCGCUGCUCCGAGUAGCAAUCACCCGGCUGCCGGUGGCUGCGGCGGCUCCGGGGGCCCCGGCGGCGGCUCGGCGGCCGUUCCCAAGCACAGCACCGUGGUGGAGCGGCUCCGCCAGCGCAUCGAGGGCUGCCGGCGGCACCACGUCAACUGCGAGAAUAGGUACCAGCAGGCUCAGGUGGAGCAGCUGGAGCUGGAACGCCGGGACACCGUGAGCCUCUACCAGCGGACCCUGGAGCAGAGGGCCAAGAAAUCGGGCGCCGGCACCGGCAAACAGCAGCACCCGAGCAAACCCCAGCAAGAUGCGGAGGCUGCCUCGGCGGAGCAGAGGAACCACACGCUGAUCAUGCUACAAGAGACUGUGAAAAGGAAGUUGGAAGGAGCUCGAUCACCACUUAAUGGAGACCAGCAGAAUGGUGCUUGUGAUGGGAAUUUUUCUCCAACUAGCAAACGAAUUCGAAAGGACAUUUCUGCGGGGAUGGAAGCCAUCAACAAUUUGCCCAAUAACAUGCCACUGCCUUCAGCUUCUCCUCUUCACCAACUUGACCUGAAGCCUUCUUUGCCCUUGCAGAACAGUGGAACUCACACUCCUGGGCUUCUAGAAGAUCUAAGUAAGAAUGGGAGGCUCCCUGAGAUUAAACUUCCUGUCAAUGGUUGCAGUGACCUGGAGGAUAGCUUCACCAUCUUGCAGAGCAAAGACCUCAAACAAGAACCUCUCGAUGACCCUACUUGCAUAGACACAUCAGAAACAUCUCUUUCCAAUCAGAACAAGUUGUUCUCAGACAUUAAUCUGAAUGAUCAGGAGUGGCAAGAAUUAAUAGAUGAAUUGGCCAACACGGUUCCUGAGGAUGACAUACAGGACCUGUUCAACGAAGACUUUGAAGAGAAGAAGGAGCCGGAAUUCUCGCAGCCAGCAACCGAGACCCCUCUCUCCCAGGAGAGUGCGAGCGUGAAGAGCGACCCCUCUCACUCUCCCUUCGCACAUGUCUCCAUGGGAUCUCCCCAGGCAAGGCCUUCUUCUUCUGGUCCUCCCUUUUCUACUGUCUCCACGGCCACGAGUUUACCUUCUGUUGCCAGCACUCCCGCAGCUCCAAACCCCACCAGCUCACCAGCAAAUUGUGCUGUCCAGUCCCCUCAAACUCCAAACCAAGCCCACACUCCAGGCCAAGCUCCACCUCGGCCUGGAAAUGGUUAUCUCCUGAAUCCGGCAGCAGUGACAGUGGCCGGUUCAGCGCCAGGGCCUGUGGCUGUGCCCAACUCCGACAUGUCUCCAGCAGAGCAGCUCAAACAGAUGGCUGCACAGCAGCAACAAAGGGCCAAACUCAUGCAACAGAAGCAGCAGCAGCAGCAGCAGCAGCAGCAGCAGCACUCAAAUCAGACUUCAAAUUGGUCUCCCUUAGGCCCUCCCUCUAGUCCAUAUGGGGCAGCUUUUACUGCAGAAAAACCAAAUAGCCCAAUGAUGUACCCCCAAGCCUUUAACAACCAAAACCCUAUAGUGCCUCCAAUGGCAAACAACCUGCAGAAGACAGCAAUGAAUAACUACCUCCCUCAGAACCACAUGACUAUGAUCAAUCAGCAGCCAAAUAACUUGGGUGCAAACUCCUUAAACAAACAGCACAAUAUUCUUACUUAUGGCAACACUAAACCCCUGACCCAUUUCAAUGCAGACUUGAGUCAGAGGAUGACACCACCAAUGGCCAACCCCAACAAAAACCCCUUGAUGCCGUACAUCCAGCAGCAGCAGCAGCAGCAGCAGCAGCAGCAGCAGCAGCAGCAGCAACAGCAGCAGCAGCAGCAGCAACAGCAGCCGGCACCACCUCCACAGCUCCAGGCCCCCAGGGCACACCUGAGCGAAGACCAGAAACGCAUGCUUCUCAUGAAGCACAAAGGAGUGAUGAAUCAGCCCAUGGCUUACGCUGCACUUCCAUCCCACGGUCAGGAGCAG